AUGUCACAGAUCCCAACGCCUCCCUCGUCUCGCGGAGUCUCCGCGGAACCACCCAACGAGGAGUGUGAAAGCACAGCCAUAGAGGUUAACAAGGUCCAAUUGCUCGACGAACUGCUCGAACAUUAUCUUCAGCUUCUAGACCGUCAUCAGAAGCUUCAAGAGUCAUUAGGAAAGCAACUUGCAUCGGGAUUCUUUCAGCUAACACAUGCCAAUUAUUGCUCACCUGGUCGAAGAUUCGGUGAAGAUUUCUACGACGAGCGUAUGAAAGCAACUCGGAGAUUAAAAAUUACUUCGUCCUUAAUGGACAAAGUGUCAGGGUAUAGCUGCGAGAAUACGGGGCUGCGAAAGGUUCAAUUCGAAGUCAAUUACAAAUCAGUACUUGAGCCAGAGGACGUCCACGAAGAGGACAAAAAUAUAGAUAAAGAAGAAGAAAGAGGCAAUUCUGCCUUGGCUAAUGCAACUGCCACUACAGAAAUUGCAGGUGGCCAGACUCAUGACAACAAUGGCGCCUUAAAUGAGAUCGAAGAAGACAAGCAAAAACCAGGGAUCUCUGCAACACCACCAUCGCCGUCACAGACAACGCAGGAUAGUAGCACAGAUGGAAAUGUUGAUGCCACGAACAAUGACGACGACCACAACGGCACCAAAAAAGUGCCACCUCGGAAACUUUUCCGAUCCGAUGAUCCUGUAGCUUGGUAUGGAAUUCUAGUACCGCCAUCUCUGAGAAGGGCGCAGCAAUCCUUCACUGAAGCUGUCAAUGAUGGCAUCCCACAACUCGUCACUGUGGCGAGAGAGAUGCAACGUGUUGAAAAUCUUGUGCACAAGUUGCGACGACAGAUAAAGACGACUGCUUGA